AUGGCAUUAAAAUUUUUCACAUUUUCUUGUUUGGUCAUCUUGAUCAUCUUAUUUUAUGUUGUAAAUUUUCAAUUCAAAACAAAAUGUUCGACUGGACAAUUUCGUUUAUAUAAUGGCUGUUAUUCAUAUCUUGAUUGUAAUGAUGUCAAACAAAUGAAUCCAAUUCGUAUUCUUGCCAGAGGAACAGUGAAAAAUGUUUGGCUUGUAGAAUGGAAUCAUCAACCAUUGGUCAUGUCUACAUUGACAAUGUCCGUGUAUAAAGAAGAUUUUCAAGCAAAUAUCGAAAAUCUGUUACGAUUUCGAAUGAACAAAAAUCCAUUUAUAAUUGAAUUAAUUGGCAAUUGUGGACAAUCAAUAUUCACUCCAUAUUAUCCACUUGGUGAUAUGAAUAAUUUACGGCGAAUUUUAGCCAUACGAAAAUCAAAUUUCAACAAUCGUCUAUUGUAUUGUAUUGAAUAUGUAAAAAUUUUACAAUUUUUACAUCAAAAUUCUAUGGUCAUGUGUGAUUCAAAUGAUUUGACUAAAACAUUAUCACAAUAUCUAAUAACCGAUGAUGAUGAUGAUGAUGAUCGAUUGAUUAUUAUGAAUGAUCUGGAUGCUUUACCAAACACUAAUCAUGGACCAAUUAAAUGUGGACAUCGACCUAUUGUUGGUGAUUUUGUUGCACCAGAACAACGUUAUCCAAACACUUAUGAUGAUGGUUAUGAUCAUAAAACGGAUAUUUGGAAAGUGCCAGAUGUUUGUCAUUGGAUCAUUAAAGACGAUGAUGAUGAUGAUGAUCAAUUACGGAAAUUGAAAAUCACAUUGUUUCAGCAACGAUUACUUGAUUGGAUACAUCAAAAAUGUAAAUCACCAAAAUCGAUCGAACGUCCAGAAGCAAUGGAGAUUGUAAAAUUUUAUAAAUUUAUUCUUUCACUGUCCAAAUGAAUGUAAUAAUAAUAAUAAUUUUAUUAAUGCGCA